AUGAGGACACGAAAAGGCACCGAGACGACUGGCGCCCCGGAUUCCCCGUCAAAACAUGCCAGCAAAAGUGAAGGAACACCUACUAGAACACGACGUACGACUCAAAAUUCGGAAGUUGACGCGGAUGUUGACAUUAAGGACGUGAAACCUAUUAUAAAAGCCGAGCAGAGCGCCGCGACUUCCGAUACACAAUCCCCAGCAUCACGCAGGGGCCAACGCACGCCUCGUCGCGCCAGCCCACCGAAGGAGGUGGCGGUUCAGAGCCCAAGUCGGCAGAGGAAUAUUUCGGAAAAUCGACCUGCCGUAGAGAACAUGGAAUCUAAUUCAAAGGCGGCAAAAAAUGUGGUCGAGAAGCCGAUAAAGGAAAAAUCUCCGAUGAAAAGCCCGGCUCGCCAACGCAAUGAUAGCACCACCGAAUCGCUGGCCAGCGAGCGAUCAGCGCGAAAGAGACGGCGCCCGGCUGGUUUUGAUGACUACGUCCAUUUCGACAUGCACAAGGGCACCCGUGAUCGCCAGUCCGAGUCGCAAGAAGAUAAUGUGAAAAUUGCGGAAGAGAUUGUUGAAGCGUUCGAAGCGGAGGUUGUUGUCGAUGAUAUGGAGUACAGUGAGGAGCAAACGAUCGAGACGAUCGAGGAGAUUUCGGUCUCCGCCGCUCCGGUCCCGCUUCCUCCGAUCCCACGUGGCUUCCCAGCCAACCAGCGGAAUAUUCCUGAUCUCGAAAAUCGGCCGGGACCCAGUGGGCAAGCGCAGCGCGCAUAUAGAGGCCCUCCCCCAAAAAAGCCAAAUCAAGCGCCGAUGCCGUCAAGACCGCAGCAGCAUCCACAAAUUCGUGCUCCACCACCACGUAACAGCCAGCCACCACCUCGCAUUCCUCGAGAUUCCACAAUGUUCAGCGAAAUACUUGUCGAUAUGGAUGUGGCGAUGGGGGAGAGCGUGGAUGUUGUCGCAACGAGCCCGGUGCCUAAGAAGGCCGUCGUCAUCAAUAAGCGAGGGCCUCGAGAUCAAGUGCCCGAAUAUUCACGCACGGCCGCCCAGUCAUCAUCUUCACAGCCUCCCCGAGCUGCCCCGAUGCUGGUUGCCGGCCCGCCUCGAAUCAGCGGAGCAACCUUCCCCAAGCCUCCUGCCGGCUCCCAGAUGCUCCAAACCUCAGUGGGCAACAAGACAACCGGAAGGCCGCCUCCGACCAGACCAGUCCCCCCUCGCCAAGAACAAGCUUCAUCACCACCGCCCCGCACUCGCCCCCAACCGGUCGGCUCUCAAAAUGCCUCUAGCAGCCGGGCAACUCCACAAAGGACAACUCAGGGCGAAGAAAUCGAGGAGAAGCUGAUUGUGGAGAUUAACAACCAGCCGAUCAUUUUGGAGAAACUGGUCAUCAGCGACGAUGACGGUCCGCGAGAAGUCUAUGGAAUGUACACAGAAAACGGCAAAUUGAUUGGCUUUGGCGACCUCGACGACGCCGGCGAGUUUGUGCAAGAAAUCGAUCUGGACGAUGCCGGUGAUGCUCUGCAGAUUGUUGAAGACGAUAUGCCGGUCGGGGAUGCGUUGAAGGCCGAUUUGAAGAAGGAGCGGACAGCCGGCGAGGCAUUGGCUGCAGCAAAUGCUGCCGAAAAUGGCGAAACUGGCGACAAUGACGAAGACGAGGGCCCGCCCUGCCUUGAACCGGAAGUAGCAGAAGCCGAACCUCCGCCAGUCCCUGCCGCUGAUGCCCAUUUUGAUGAAGAUCUCGGCUACCAAGUUCCCGGCGAAAUGAUGGGCGAGGACGGUUUUGUGGAAGAUGAUGAUAUGAACUACGCCGAGGAUGACGAAAACGCGAUGGGCAACGAGAAUGACGUGCGGACGGUCGAGUUCAACUUUUUGGACAAAAACAACAUCUGCUGCGGCCUUUGCGGCGACAUCGUUCCCGAAGAACUCCUGAUGACUGAACACUUGCCAAAUGUCCAUCCUGAUGUGCUCGGUGAAGGGGCCCAAGACCUCGAAGAGAUCCCCUACGACACGUGGCUUCGCGACAAGAUCCUCAGCGAGAAGCGCUCGAUGGAGAGUGGCUUCCGGACGGCAAACCCGUACGCCAGCUACAUGUCCCGGACCGUGAAGAAGAUUUCGCAGGUCCGUGUCGAAAAACUGGGCCGCCGCGUCCCUGUGACGCUCGUCGACAAGCUGCACGCCCGCUGCGGUCUCUGCGGCUCGAUCCUGUCGCUGAACAAGAAGUUUGAGAUCAUGCACCUCGUCCGACACUUCAACGCCUGGCACCCCACGGUCCAUCGAUGCGCCGGAACCUGGCAAUCCAAAGCCCCGCAGCCCGGAAAUGGCAAGCCGUUGAGCCUGCAGGAUUUUGCGGUGGUUGACGCGGCGAUGGAUGCGAUUGAUGGGCUUCAGUGUAUAUGGUGUGGGAUGUUCAUGAGCAAAUCGUCGCUUGCCAUGCAUUUCCACGAAGUUCACGCCGAAGACAUCGAAGUGCCAAAUUGCCGUCUUUGCAUUGAGGAACUCGUCGUCAACGCUCGCUUGCGCGAAACCUACAUGGAAGACUUCGAGGUGACGAUGCCCGACGAGAAGCACUACGAGUGCCGCAAGUUCAACAUCAAGGCCAAGUCCGAGGACAAGCUCAACCGCGCCAUCAACAAGAAGCUCUCCCAGCAGGCCGGGAGUUUGACGAGGAGGAUGAGGAGGAAGAGGAAGACGAGGAGGCCAAGCCGCAGA